UUUUUAAAGUACAAAAAAGGUGAACAAACAAUAGGAGGUUAUGAAUGCAAAGCACAGGCGAGCCUUGAGAAAAUUAUAAAAGUUUUACAUGAAACUUAAAACACAAAAAUAAUUUGAUAUUUAAGCACAUAUUCGAUCAUGCAUAUUUAGCAUAAUAAUUUUUAAAACUUUUUUAAAAAAUUAUUAAUAAAAAAAAGGAAAAAAAUAGAAAAAUUCAAUGACUCAUGCGUGCAUGAAAGAACAAUCAGGAGACCGACAAAGUUCGUGCACCUAAUUUAAUAAAAAAAAAAAAUUAAACACGCCCGAAAAAAAUAAAUAAAUAAAUAAAUGUGGAUCACGAGACUGACAAAGUGACAAGACGUGAUUUUUGCGUUGAUGAUUUAUCGGAUGGUAUUCUUUUAUUACAACAAUAUAUAAAGAGGCAAAGCAUUUCAAUCACAAUUUGCUUUUCUUUGAAUUACAGUGAUAAGAUUGCAGAAUCCAAAAACUUUUGAUGGAUCACGAUCAAUCAGCACCACCACUACCUCCUCACGUGCUCGUCUUCCCGUUGCCGGUUCAAGGCCACCUGAACUCCAUGCUCAAGCUGGCCGAGCUUCUCUGUCUCGGCAACCUCCACGUGACCAUGCUCGUCUCUGACUUCAGCCACAGCCGCCUCCUUCGCCACACCAGUGUCCAUUCCCACUUCGCUCGGUAUCCCGGAUUUUGUUUCAGGACUAUCUCGGAUGGCCUUCCUGAGGACCAUCCGCGUGCUGGUGAGCGAGUUGUGGAGAUCAUGUCAUCUAUAAAGUCCGUCACUGGUCCACAAUUUCAGGAGAUGAUGAUAGCUACCGAUUGCUUUGCUUCCGAAACAAAGCGGCCUAUCACAUGCAUCAUAGCAGAUGGGGUUCUGAGUUUUGCCGGUGAUUUUGCUAUUCAAAGGGGAAUUCCACUCAUCUAUUUUCGUACUGUCAGUGCUUGCUCUUUUUGGGCUUAUUUUUGUAUGCCUGAACUCAUUGAAGCUCAAGAAAUUCCCUUGAAAGGAAAUGGAAUGGACCUAUUGGUGAAGAGUGUACCGGGCAUGGAGGGUUUUCUCCGACGACGUGACCUUCCUGGUUUUUACCGUGUGGACGAAAUUAGUGAUCCGCGUUUGCAAGUCGUCAAAACUGAGACCAGACAAACUCCUCGAGCCCAAGCAGUGAUAAAGAACACAUUUGAUGAUCUAGAAGGACCCAUACUCUCUCAAGUACGAACCCACUGUCCCAAUCUCUUCUCCAUUGGGCCACUUCACGCGCACCUAAAAGCCAAACUUGCAGCAGAGACCAACUCUUCCUCAACCUCUUCAGGUAGUUUUUGGGAGGAAGAUCGAAGCUGUGUGACGUGGCUCGAUUCUCAGCCGUCCAAAUCUGUGAUCUAUGUCAGUUUUGGAAGUAUCACUGUAGUGACAAGAAACCAACUCUUGGAGUUUUGGUAUGGUCUCGUGAAUAGUGGGCAACGGUUCUUGUGGGUCAUGCGGCCGGACUCCAUCACCGAAAAAAAUGGGGAGAAUCAGAUUCCGGUGGACCUGGUGGAGGGCACGAAGGAAAGGGGUUACAUGGUGGGUUGGGCCCCACAAGAGGAGGUUCUUGCCCAUCCAGCUGUUGGUGGGUUUUUGACUCACAGUGGGUGGAACUCAACUUUGGAGAGCAUAGUCUCAGGCGUGCCUAUGAUUUGUUGGCCUUAUUUUGCAGACCAGAUGAUUAAUAGUAGGUUCGUCAGUGAAGUUUGGAAAAUUGGUUUGGACAUGAAAGAUACAUGUGAUCGAGUCAUAGUUCAGAAGAUGGUUAGGGAUCUGAUGGAUGUCAGAAAAGAUGAGUUUCAGGAACGUGUGAGUCAUAUGGCCAAUUUGGCCAAACGAGCUGUGAAUGAAGGUGGGUCUUCGUACUGUAAUUUGGAUGCUCUGAUUAAAUACAUUAAUUCUAUGAUUGAAUGA